AUUGUGAGUGACGUUUUGGAGUUUGUGUAUUCUGUGGUUUCAGUGUUUUAAGGUUUUAUGAUUUUAUAACGUUAUAACCAUUUAUAACAUCACAAGAAAUCGUAUAUAAAUGCAGCCGAUGGCAGAUAGUCAAGUAAAUGCUUUCUUAAAUAAAUUAUGGAAAAUGGUUAAUGAUCCAUCAACAAAUCAUCUCAUUUGUUGGGCUCCCACGGGUAGCAGUUUCAUUAUCCAGAACCAGGCUCAGUUUUGGUAUGAGUUAUUACCAGUUUAUUACAAGCACAACAACAUGAGCAGUUUCGUAAGGCAACUCAACAUGUAUGGAUUUCAUAAGAUGUCAACGAUUGAGAAUGGUGCUAUGGAUUAUGACAAAGAUGAAAUACAAUUCUUUCAUCAGUAUUUUCAAAAGAAUAAACCAGAAUUAAUGAAAUUCAUUAAACGAAAAGUAACAGGUUCUGCAAAAACUAAUCAAACUAUAUCAUUGACUAAUACAAAACCAAGUACAAUGAGCCCAGAGAAAGUAACAAAACUCUUAACUGAUAUGCAACAAUUGAAAGGUAGACAAAAUACAGUUGACACACAGCUCACAACAAUGAAACAGGAAAAUGCUAUUCUAUGGAGAGAACUUGCUCUACUUCGACAACAACAUAUUAAACAGAGGCAGCUGGUCAAUAAAUUGAUACAUUUUCUGGUGACUAUUGUACAACCUACUGGUAGAAUGAGUGGCCUUGGUGUCAAAAGAAGAUACCCAUUGAUGCUCAAUGAGAAUCCUAAAAAGCCAAAAUCUUCUAAAAGCUCAUCUACAACAUCAGAGGGUCCUAUCAUACAUGAAUUGGACAAUACUGAAUUACCACAGGAAGAUUUAUUGAUAAACACAGAUCUAGAACAAGAGGUACAAGCCACAGAACCGAGUGAAGAAAUUGGUGUAGACCGAUUAUUUGAAUCGCCGGAUAUAAUUUCUAGCGAAAUGGACGAUUUAAUUUCCGACACUGAAUUACCUGACGAUAUUGAAACAAAUGUAAAUUGGGAAGCACCGGGCGGCAGUAGCAACAACCUGAAAGUUUUCUUGAAUCCUUCAACACAGGAUACGCUACUGAGUAACCUAAUGAAUGGUAGCUAUAACAGCAAUACAAUCAAAGAUUUAAGUGCAGAGAGCGAAAGUGACAUGGCAGUGGCAAAACGUGACCCAAAUCAAACGCUGAAACGAUUGCAUUCUGUAUGUGAAUCUGUUGACAGCGAAGAUUUGGACAUUCACGUGGAAAGUACACAGAACGAGUUGGACCAACUGAAAUCUCUGCUCAACGGGUAUUCCACACUGGAUGCCAACACUUUGCUAGGGAUUAAAUAUUUGCAGUUGUUCAACCACGAUGAAACGCCGGCCUAUGGUCUUGCUACAAAGAGCGAGGAAAAGAUGAAAUUAGAAGAUCCAUUGAUGAGCGGAUCUGAACUGGCCCCGUAUUCCACGCCUCUGGACUUCAGUCAGCUCUUCAAUGAUGAUUCUUUGGAGGAAACGGUGCAGGAACCGUUGCCAAUGUCCAAUGUUGACGCCAAGGGUUCUAUAACGACGCCACAAGUCAUCGCCGAUGAGCCUCUCUUUCCCGUAGGAGCAUCGUCAUCAACAACGAAGAAUAAGAAAUAGUUAAUGUUGUCUAUUCUAAUUUGAUUUUUUUAUUGCAUUUAAUAACACCUAAUUUUAUUGUACUAAAUAUUAUUUUAAGACUUGUGCAAUUUUUCUGAGAGAAUGCAUAAGUUAAAUAGUGAGUGUUUUACUUUUUAUUAUUUGUUUGAAUUUAUUUUUUUUUUGUUGAAAAAGGAUCAUAU